GGAAACGUGUGAAUGUCUCCUCCCUCCUCCCGCAGCUUGUGGUCGAUGAAAGGAGACGAGAUCACAGGAUGUCUGGUCUCAGCAGGUUUCCUCGAUCUGUCUAACUCAGACUCAGACCUGGUUUCAGUGAGUCUCUGCUCAGACUGCGGGACAUGGACAUCAGCAGCUGUCAGGACUGGAUGUCAGCUUUACCAGAGCAGCUGUGGGACGUCCCGCUCACAGACCUGGCCAUACCUGGGAGCCACGAUGCCAUGAGUUACUGCCUGGACAUAAACUCCCCCCUAGUCAGGUCUGAGCCCGACUCCUUCAGGUUCGUGGAUGGACUUUUCUACUGCUUAACCAGACCUACCAUUCUUAAAUGGGCGACCACACAGGACAAAGGCAUCGAGGAGCAGCUUUCGAUGGGGAUUCGUUUUUUUGAUCUCCGCAUUGCACACAAACAAAACGACUCAUCCAGCGACCUGUAUUUCACACACAUCAUUUACACUCAUCUAACAGUUUUGGAAACACUGCUGUCUGUGGCCACCUGGCUGAAGUCUCAUCGUAAAGAGAUUGUUAUCCUCGACUGCAGCCAUUUUGAGGGAAUGGACGACAGAUGUCAUGAAAGGUUUAUUUUUUCCCUGAAGAAGCUGUUUGGCUCAAAACUCUGUCCCCGGACGGAAUCUGUCCUUACCCUGCGGAGCCUGUGGGCAUCUGGUUACCAAGUCAUCGUGACCUAUGACUCCCAGAGUGCUAUGAGACAUCAGGAGCUCUGGCCUGACAUCCCAUACCACUGGGCCAACCAGCGCACGGCAGAAGGAGUGAUCAGUUACCUGGACAGGAAGAAAGAUAUGGGGCGUCCAGGCGGUUUCUUCGUCUCCGGCCUAAACCUGACGGCCGAGAAGUAUUAUGUCGCCAUGCAUCCGAAGAUAUCCCUGCGGAUGCUGACUUUCAGUAACUGGGAAUGUUUGAAGAAGUGGCUGGAGGAGCAGAUCCCUGGCUCGCAGUCCAAGAGCCUGAACAUCAUUGCUGGAGACUUUGUAGGGAUACUUCCACUCUGUUCUCUGGUCAUUGCACUCAACCAAAAACUUGUACGGAAGAAUUCAAGUUUGAUAAAGAAAGAAUUAUAAGAAGGGAUUUUAUUCCACUACAGCUAAAGUACCUCAUUUUCCCUUCUCUAUACCUCUCUCAAUGUAUAUGCACUUUUGUCCAAAUUUGGAAUUUGAACUGGAAGGAACAUAUAUUUUGAAUGAAGUCAUCGGUUUCUGUAUUGCUGAUUUAAAUUAAGGUGUUUUUUUAAAAUCCCAAUUAAUACCAUUCCUGAAACGUGCAAUUUAUAUA